AUGUUGAUAUUUUUAAUGGUGAUUGGUGCAAUACUCAUUGAUAAAAGAGAUGGGUCAUCUCAAAAAUUAUCUUCUGUUAAAUUACAAUCGAAUUUCGACGAAGCAGUGAAAUUGAUUUCUCGUCUUCGUUCUAAUUAUUCAUCUAUCCAUGGUCUACGUUAUCGAUCUAUGAUCUGUACAAUUGCUAGAAAUAAUCCUCAUAUUGCAGAAUUCCUAUUACGAAAUGUUAUAAGUGGAUUUUCUCACAUUGUCGUUUAUGAUAAUAAUAGAAUUUUGGCUGGUUAUGAUAGUAAUAUAAGCACUGUAUUAGAACCGUUCAUUGCAGCUGGAGUAGUAACACAUGUUCCGUGGCAACAGAACACUACAAAAUUACUUCAAUUCAAAUACCAACAGACCCAAGCCAAGGAAUGUAUCACUAAAUAUGGAAUACAUGCAGAUUGGGUGGCAUAUGUUGAUACUGAUGAAUUUUUUUAUUUUGAAAAACAAAAUGUUGCAGUGAACACACUUAAUGAUCUUCUUGUAGAACUAGAACAACAUCCUUUAUGCGCAGUUGGUAUUCGUUGGAUUUAUAUGUAUGGAGAAGGUCGAAUGCUGAGACCAAAUCGUACAUUAUUUAAAUCAUAUCCUCGUAUAUGUAAAACAGGAUUACAAAAAAAGGUUUUAGGCAGAGCAAGUAAAACAGUCUUUCAUAUUCCUCAUGGAGCUACCUGCAAAAAUACGAGCAACCAAAUCGUAAUGACGUGGGCACGGAGAAACGAUGCAACGAUAGGAUUAAUUCAUUAUUACAGCCGAUCUGUUGAAGAAUUUUUAAUUAAAGUAGAUCAAGGUUUCCCACCAUAUAUGGUCUCACCAAUACAAUAUUACACUUAUACGGAAAAAGUCGUUUGUGAUAUCACGGAAUUUAAUUACUCACAAGAUUAUAGACGUAUUUUCAUAAAUGCCUACAAGCAGUUAAAAAUGCUAUAUUCAUUAACACCGAUUGAUUUAUUGCCAUCAUCUGGUCUUAAUUUGAAUCAAACCUCUUUUCAUGCACUUAGUAUGCAUCUCAAAUAUCGAUGUGCCAAAAAACAGGAAUUUGAUAAUGAGAGAUACUUGACAAUAAAUCCUGGUGCCAAGGAAGCUAUUCGAAAUCGUACUUAUACAGAUGGACUUCACCAUUUUAUGGCUACAUUCUCAUCAGGAGCGAAAGGUUGUUGGAAAACAGACACUUAUUCCAUUUGCGAAUAG